UAGCCACAUCUCCUGUUCCACUCUGAUAUCACAUAGGAGGUAGAUCUACACUUUCAUAUAAUCCAGGAGGUAGCCCUUUGUCUGUGAAGACAACGAGCCUGCUUCCAUAUCUGUGUCCACACCCCUUUGUUCAGCUGACAACGACCAUCUCAGCCCUCUGCCAUUCCAUACCUACCUAUCCUCUCACAUCUUCCUUCCUGGCGGGACCCUGACUGUAUCCAUACCACCUGUCCACCCAUUUUCAACCUGUCACGCACCAACAAGAUGGCGGCCCCAACGCGCCUUCGGAUGUCUGGCCUCCCAGGGAUUGAUGCGGAAGAACAGGCUGCAAAUAGCUCGCCAGCGCGUGGAGCAGAGAUGGCCAAUUUCUUGCGCGCUCGUCUGAAUCGCAGCACCAACAGAGAGAGCAGACAACCAGGAGAAGCACCACCCCCAGCGCUAGUACACGGCUGGGAUUUCUGGCACGACCGACAAGAGCGAUCGGUGACUGACUCCAAGCCGCCGGCAGAGGAUGCAAGCAAGUACGAAGAACGCCUCGAACCACUCGCAUCGAUAACAGACGUUAAACAGUUCUGGUCUGUACUCAACAACUUCGACAUCACUCGACUAGCGCUCCGAGACAGCAUACAUCUCUUCCACCGAGGCGUGAAACCCGUAUGGGAAGACCCUCGGAACGCCAAAGGAGGGAGUUGGACAUUCCGCGUGCCGAAAGCUGUUGCGGCGCAGUUCUGGCAAGAGAUAUGCAUGAUGGCGAUUGGAGAGCAACUGCAAGAGGCAGUCCAGGCGGACCAACUAGACAAAGCCAGUUUUCGAGACGAUAUUUGUGGCGUCAGUUUGAGCGUGAGAUUCAACAGCAUGUUGAUCCAGAUAUGGAAUCGCGAUGCAGAGCACCAGACCGGCGUGGACAGCAUUGUUCAGACAGUAGUCCAUGGUCUCAGUCCGGAACUGAAGCCAAAGGAUGGGAGUUACUACUACAAGAGGCACAAUGAACAUGCAGGAUUUGCUCAAACGGAGGAGAAAAAAUCGGCGUCCAGUGGGAACAAUGCAUCGCAUGCAAGUUCUGUGAGCACAACUGGUAUACAGUCGAUCAAUGCGAUCGCUCAGGGGCAGUGAGGCAGUCACUUGAUGGUGGGAACUCCGUUAUUGGACGUUCGCUAUGAUAUGAACGGGUCUAUCGAUCGCAGAAGCUCCUGGUAGCUCUCGAGUGCAGCUCAUCUCAUCAGGCGGGCUGAAUGAAGGCAUGUAUAGAGACGGUGGCUGCCUCCUAGCAUAGCAGCGUCCUACAUAGGCCCGCUGACAACGAGUGACGAGGGUGAUGUGUCUGUUGCAGACAUAUAUCGCAGAAUCGUCAAGCAGGAAGCCUAGUUCAGCAGUGUCAGUGUCAGUUCAUCAUGCAAAUGCGAGAAUCGAAGAUACAGGUAGC